AUGACGCUGCUUCAAUAUGAGAGGGGGAUGGAUGGCAGCGAAAACGCAGGCGGCCCAGGGUCCCGAGUUUACUGCCAGGUCCGGGCUUGGUACAGCGGUACCCACGGCCGGCAGAGUGGGUUCUUCGAGCCAGUGGGGGCAAAAUUAAGCCUCCUCCCAAGUUCCAACUCUCGAACGACUGGGGCCAAGCGCAAGCGCAGCGAUGGUACCAGGAGCCGACAUACCCUCAGACAUCACGCGCGGGGCCCGGGCUUGUACUGUAGUUCUGGCCCUGGCUCUGGUGGCUCUGGUGGCUCUGGUCUGGUUUCUGGCGCUGUGCUUGUUGGACGCUGGGCUAUUUCGGGUUCUAAAUGCGAGCCCGCCAUCGAUAUUGAAGUCCGUCAGCGUGCGAGGGCACGCACCAGCCUGGCUCCGACCCCUGUCCCACACUGCUCGUACAGUGCUCCGGACGCACUGCAGUCUGCAGCAGACCGGGCACGGACCGAUGAGGGCAGCAUAGGCCAGGCCAUCCACGACGGCAUUCCGCGCUUUGCCGCGUCUCGUCUCGCCUCGCCUCACCUUGCCCCACCCUUAACAUCGAGGGACAGAGAGACAGAGGUAUCGGCGGAGAGUCACCGGGGAGUCACGGAAGGCAUUCUGUGCACCGGUGUACCGGUAUGUCGGGGACCCAAGUCCUGGACUGGGGAUGCUGAGACGGCGUCCAAUGUGGUUAGGUGA